AUGGACUUCUCUGGCUGUGUGUUAGGAAAGAGAGCGAAUGCAACUGUAUCCUACCUCAGGCAGACAGAAUUCAACACUUCCUCGAAUUUGGAUGAUGCUUCUCUCUACUUUUUGCUGGAGGAAUGGUCUCUCAACUCACCAGGCAGGAGCAUGAAGAUGUUUUUAAUCCCUCCAGUUGUCUGCCUCGUGGCAGGUGUCCUCAUCAUUCCUACCAUCCUGUUUGCCAUCUUCUCCAGGUUUCGCAUCCGUCAAGAAACAAGGUACCUGCUGCUGGGAAAUGCUCUGCUUUCUGAUCUCAUCUACCUGCUGUUCUACACCCUGUCAGCUGCUCUCAAUGCAGCGCACAUCCAUCUCCCGAAAGAAGCUUGUGUCCUCCUGUUAUUUCUGCUGGCAGCGGCUUGCUGCGGGGGGUUGUUCACGGCUGCUGCGAUAGUCUUGGACACAUACAUAGCUAUUUCGUUUCCUCUGCGCUACAUUGCCAUUUUGCCUCCUUCGCGAACGAAGAAGAUUAUUGUGUUACUGUGGGUGUGUUCUGGGGCUUUCCCUGGGAUUUUCUUCUUGGUGCUAUCGACCACCCACAGCUUUGUGCCCUGUGUCCUGGAAACAUGCUCGGUUCCGGUAAUACUAAUGUUAACUCUCAAUGGGACUGAUGCUGUGAAGCUCUGUUUCUGGCUUUCUGCCGUGGUUGUCUUUAUCUGCUUGUCUCUAAUAUUUUGUUGCUAUGCUGUUCUGUACUUUAAAACCAAACAAUCAGGUAUAUGGGAGAGCAUCUGCUCCAGAGCCAGUGUAACAUUCUUAAUGCACAACACUGUGUUAUUUUUUUACUUCUUUCCACUCUUGGCCCUUUUUGUAGAAUCGUUCUUGUGCAUUCAAGUUGUCAUCGGACCACAGACAGGAAUCUGGGUCUCCAUGACAGUCUGCAAUGUCCUGAUGAUUCUGCCUAAAGUUCUGUUCCCUUUUCUGUAUGGGCUUCGAUACAGAGAGAUCUCAGCAUCUCUCAAAUCCAUUGUCAAAAGGAAGCAUCCUCACCUGGUAUCCCCUGCUCCGUCACCGUCCUGA